AUGCAGAUUAAGCAGCAUGUACCUAAAUGGAUAGCUACUCCUGAAGGCCGCUUGAAAUUCAAUGUCGACGGCGCGGUGGCCGUGAACUAUGUUGCUGCUAGAGCUGUUGCUGUGAAGGAUGGGCAUCUUAAAGAAUACAUUGUUUUCUCAUUCGCGACUUGUGCACUGGUGGAACCAUUUGGCCUUGCCCCAUAUAUUCUGAAACUCCGGAAAUCCUUGACCUCAGUAUUUGAAAUUAUUGAUCGUGUACCCAAGAUAGGAUUGGUUCCUCAGGACCCUGUUAUAUUUUCCACAACCAUAAGAGAAAAUAUAAUUUAUGCAAGGCACAAUGCAACAGAAUCUGAGAUGAAAGAAGCUGCCAGGAUAGCGAAUGCCCAUCAUUUCAUCAGCAACCUGCCUCAGGGUUAUGACACGCAUGUGGGAAUGCGUGGAGUGGAUUUGACUCCUGGGCAGAAGCAACGAAUUGCCAUUGCUCAUGUAGUGCUGAAGAAUGCACCCAUAUUUUGCUGCUUGAUGAAGCCUCAAGCCAGCUCUGCUAUCGAAUCUGAGUCGAGUAGGGUGGUGCAGGAAGCCCUUGAUACAUUGAUCAUGGGGAACAAGACAACUAUUCUCAUUGCGCAGACGGCAGCAAUGAUGAAGCAUUUGGAUAACAUUGUUGUGUUGAAUGGUGGUAGGAUUGUGGAGCAGGGAACACAUGAUUCACUGGUGCAAAUGAAUGGUUUGUAUGUCAAGUUGAUGCAGCCUCAUUUCACCAAAGGGUUCCAUCAGCGUAGACUAAUAUAA